AUGUCUGCUGGAAUAUUCAUUGGCACUAUCAUAUUUAUAGGUAUUGGAAUUGGGGUUACAGUAUGGCUAAAGGGUGUUGUUACUAAGGCAACCAAAAAUUUAAGCGAUCUCAAUGAUAAUCUAUUGUAAUGCAACAAUCAUAAAUCUAGGCUAAUGUAUGUUUCAGUCAUUUCAGGCACUAUUCAAUUUUGGCUUCUUUGGUUUUGUAUGUAUAUGCAUUAACUCAAUCCGAUAAUAUCCCCGAUAAGAGGGCAUGAAUGA